CCAGGUUCCGGUUCUACCUAAUUGAAGGACCCAAAACCAAGCUACUUAAUGGAUGCCUGUUCCAUGAAAAUCUUUUUCCUUCUUUCUUUUCUCUUUCUAAAAUCUGCCUUGGCCCUCCCUUGUCUUUCCCUCCUGGUUCUCCUCGUUCUUGUAAAAAAAAAAUAACCAGAGAGAGGGAGCUUUCUUUCUCAUCUUCUAAGAAAGAUGUUUCCUCAACAAUGGACUCCUCCUUGUGGAAGCCAAUGCACGAAAAAGUACGCAGCUCUCACGCAGAUUCCAUGGAGAGUUUUUUGCAAAAAAGGUUGUGAUGCUGAUGGUGAUACAUGGGAAGAAUGUGUGGAAGAGUGCAACGAGAUAUGCUAUAAGGAUCCAGUUUUCAAGGACCAGCAGUGGAGUGCUUUCAUUGAUCGUUCCCCAGGAUCUGAAGAUUACUCAAAGGUUUGUUUUCAGGCAUGCGUAUCUGGUUGUGGUUACAAGCUUGGUAUCCCAUCGGAGACAGUUGACGUGAUUCAGCCAAAGAGACCACCUAAGCCUUGCAUAGAGAAAAAACCUCGCCCCCCAUCUAUUCCAGCCGAAAGCAUCCCAACUGCUGAAGAGAUGGCUUGUAAUUCUGCGUAAAAGGAGAUACUACUGUCCGUUUGUUAUUACUGAAACUUGUCUUAUAAAAGAAUCCCCGCUUAUUGGGGUAUACAAAAUUUUGAAAUUACCCUCACCAUCACCCUUUUCUCAACUCAACUUUAAAACCUUUUUUUUCAGGCCUCUUGUUCUCCUCUUCCAAUCUAACUUUUUCUAGUGUUCUUCAGCUGCACAUGCACAGUCCAUGGCAGCGGCAUAUGUGAUAUUGUAACUUGGAGAAAAUCAAAGCUUGGUCUUUCUCUAUUUUAGAGAUCCUUAAUUCUAAAUAGUAUAUUGGAGUUCA